AUGUCUUCACCAAAGCGCACAGCGUCGCCCUCGCCUGGCGCAUCCGACUCAAAAAGAAUCAAACUUACAGUACCACAGCAGAACCAAGGCGUGACCCCCGUUGACCCCGAGAAUGCCGCGGGGAAGCGCAGCGAACUUGACCCAAUACAAGGCGGCGACAUUGGCAACCUGCCUCCAUCCGAAGCGGGGCCAGCACCGAGCGAGCCGGCCAGUGCAGUUCCUGUCCGGCUGCUGAAGGCUGAGGGAGAUGGAGAGGGUGGAGAGGACGUGUCGAUGGCCGAUGGGGCAGAAGGAGGAGACGAGGAGGGCGACUCGGGGGAGGAGAACGACGAUGAAGACCCUGCCCAGCUCGAGGCCACCAGACUGCGAUUAGAGGACCAGGCGCGAAAAUAUCUAGCAGUGCAGACACACGAAGUUAUCAUACCGUCGUACUCUGCCUGGUUCGACAUGUCCAAGAUUCACCAAAUUGAGCGCCGCGCCUUGCCCGAGUUCUUCAAUUCUCGACAUAGGUCAAAGACCCCCGCGAUAUACAAGGACUAUCGCGACUUCAUGAUCAACACUUACCGGCUCAGGCCGUCAGAAUAUCUCACUGUGACCGCAUGUCGCAGAAACCUUGCGGGAGAUGUUUGCGCCAUCAUGCGCGUUCACGCGUUCCUCGAACAAUGGGGUCUCGUUAACUAUCAAAUCGACCCGGACCAGCGUCCAGCAGCGCUUGCUCCUCCCUUUACAGGGCACUUCCGAGUUAUCCUAGACACUCCUCGCGGAUUGCAAUCUCUACACCCCGGUACACGACCAACAAAUGGGCCCAACGGCGCCGCCGUCAACGGAUCCUCAAAGGGCGCGUCAUCUUCCACUUCCGCUUCGCUUGAGCUCCGCUCUUCCAUCUACCAGACAACCUCAAAAUCCUCGCGGCAAAUCAGCGCGGCAGAAGCGAGCACGCUUGCGAACGGCACCGCAAACGGCAUGUCGGGGGAGCGGCAGCUGAAGUACCAAUGCGACACAUGCGGGGUCGACUGCACGCCCGUGCGGUACCAUUCGCUGAAAACCAAGAACUUCGAGCUCUGCCCGCCGUGCUACCUCGACGGGCGCUUCCCGUCGAGCAUGUUCAGCGGGGACUUCGUCAAGCUGACGAACACUGCGACGGUAUCGGGCGUGCACCAUGGGAACGGGCCGGGUCUUGAGGAUGACUGGACCGACCAGGAGGUACUGCUGCUCCUCGAAGGCGUGGAGAUGUACGACGACGAUUGGUCCGCCAUCGAGGAGCACGUCGGCUCGCGCAGCGCGCAGCAGUGCAUUCGCAAGUUCCUGCAGCUGCCCAUCGAGGACCCGUAUGUCGCGACGGAGGGGAACAUGGGCCCGCUGCGGUAUGCGCGCGUGCCGUUUGACCAAGCUGAUAAUCCCGUGAUGAGUGUUGUUGCGUUCCUUGCUGGCGUCGUAGGUCCCGGCGUUGCAGCCGAGGCAGCGAAGACGGCGCUGCACGAGCUGACGGACGGGGAUAAGAAGGAGACGGAAGAAACGAUGGAAGAGGGUAAAUCGGAGAAGGCCGCUGAGGAUCACGACAACAAGGAUGCAGUAGAGGCAGCGGAGAAGCAGGGAGAAGACCACAUGAACGAGGACGUACCGCAGGACGAAGUGGUGGCUCUACCACCUGAUGGUGCGUCCGGCGAGGCACAAACACAAGCGUCGGACAGCAUGGCCAUCGACUCCGAGCCAGGCUCUUCACACAAGCCCGCCGCGACGAUCCCGCACUCGAAGGUCGUUCGCGCGGCGAGCCUCGCGCUCAAGUCCUCCGCCAAGGCUGCGCGCGCUCUCGCAGACGCGGAAGACGCGCAGAUCCGCGCGACGCUCGCGUCGCUGAUCAAGUUGACGCUGACAAAGCUCGACCUCAAGAUGACACAGUUCGAGGAGCUCGAGGAACUGCUCGAGGAGGAGCGGAAGGGCGUCGAGAGCGCACGCAUGGCGCUCGUGAAUGAGCGUGUCGGGCUCCAGCGUAUGCUCGAUACCGUCAAGAGCGAGCUUGCGAAGGCGGGUGGCGUGGUGGGGCCCGGUGUCGUGGCGGCGGCGGGGCAGGCGCAGACGGGCUUGGUUACUGCUGGCCAGAGCACGCGCGUGAGCGAGGUGCACGGCGCCGUGGGUGGGGACAUGGGCCCCGUGAACGGGGCGAAUAUCACCCAGCUCAGUUGA